UUAUGCUAAGAAAGAAUCUGAUCUUAAUGGAGCCCAGAUUAAGCUUCGAGAAUAUGAAGCAGCAUUGAACUCUAAAGAUGCAGCUCUGGCUACUGCACUUGGUGACAAAAAAAGUUUAGAAGGAGAUUUGGAGGAUCUGAAGGAUCAGAUUGCUCAGUUGGAAGCCUCCUUAGCUGCUGCCAAAAAACAGUUAGCAGAUGAAACUUUGCUCAAAGUGGAUUUGGAGAACCGUUGUCAGAGCCUUACUGAGGACUUGGAGUUUCGUAAAAACAUGUAUGAAGAGGAGAUUAAUGAGACCAGAAGGAAGCAUGAGACGCGCUUGGUGGAAGUGGACUCCGGACGUCAGAUUGAGUAUGAGUACAAGCUGGCGCAGGCCCUGCACGAGAUGAGAGAGCAGCACGAUGCCCAAGUGCGGCUGUACAAGGAGGAGCUGGAGCAGACGUACCAUGCCAAGCUUGAGAAUGCGAGACUGUCCUCAGAGAUGAACACUUCCACUGUCAACAGCGCCAGAGAAGAGCUGAUGGAAAGUCGCAUGAGAAUCGAGAGCCUCUCGUCUCAGCUUUCUAGUCUUCAGAAAGAGUCUAGAGCAUGUUUGGAGAGGAUUCAGGAGCUGGAGGACUUACUCGCCAAAGAACGGGACAACUCUCGCCGCAUGCUGUCUGACAAAGAGAGAGAGAUGGCCGAAAUAAGGGAUCAGAUGCAGCAGCAGCUGAACGAUUAUGAACAACUUCUUGACGUGAAACUAGCACUGGACAUGGAGAUCAGUGCUUACAGGAAACUCUUAGAAGGCGAAGAAGAGAGGCUGAAGCUCUCUCCGAGCCCGUCCUCCAGGGUGACGGUGUCGCGCGCGUCCUCCAGCCGCAGCGUGCGCACCACGAGGGGAAAGCGGAAGAGGGUGGAUGUGGAGGAGUCAGAGGCCAGCAGCAGUGUGAGCAUCGCCCACUCCGCCUCGGCCACCGGGAGCGUGUGCAUCGAGGAGAUCGAUGUUGACGGCAAGUUCAUCCGCCUGAAGAAUACCUCCGAGCAGGAUCAACCAAUGGGAGGCUGGGAGAUGAUCAGAAAAAUUGGAGACACAUCAGUCAGUUACAAAUAUACCUCAAGAUACGUGCUGAAGGCAGGCCAGACCGUUACAAUUUGGGCUGCAAAUGCUGGUGUCACAGCCAGUCCUCCCACUGACCUCAUCUGGAAGAACCAGAACUCUUGGGGCACUGGCGAGGAUGUGAAGGUUAUAUUGAAAAAUUCUCAGGGAGAGGAGGUUGCACAAAGAAGUACAGUCUUUAAAACAAGCAUACCUGAGGAGGAGGAGGAGGAGGAGGAGCCGUCGGGAGUGGUUGUUGAGGAAGAGCUUUUCCACCAGCAGGGAGCCCCAAGAGCGUCCAAUAGAAGCUGUGCAAUUAUGUAAACUUCGCAAGGCAGCUGUCUUCCUCAGUAUAAAGAAGUGUGGUAAUUCUUACCUGUAUACAGUGCAGAUCCUUCUCAGAAGCACAGAGUAUUUUUAUAUUUCCUUUAUGUGAAUUUUUAAGCUGCGAAUCUGAUGGCCUUAAUUUCCUUUUUGACACUGAAAGUUUUGUAAAACAAAUCCUAUCCAUACACUUUGUUGCAAGAUGUGAAUUAUUGACACUGAACUAACUGUGCUGUUCGGAAAGGGUCCCUCAAAUUUUUUGGCUUUUUUUGUAAGUGUGUACGUGUUUUCUGUUUUUUUAAGUUCUUAUGAGAAGGGGGAUAAAUAAACCACUAUGUGUCUGGCUAUAAGUUGAAGAUUGCUCCAUCUAGAUUGGCAAUCUGCUCUUGAGUCUUUUCUGCUCUAUAUAACGGUGCUGUGAGGGCGGGGAAAGCAUUUUUCAAUAUAUUGAACUUUUGUACUGAAUUUUUUUGUAAUAAGCAAUCAAGGUUACAAAUUUUGUUUCGUUCUGUUUUUUAAAUAGAAAAGAAAAGAGAAAUUUUGUAAGAAGGCAAUAUUAACCUAAUCAUCAUGUAAGCACUCUGGAUGAAGGACUCCGCAAAGCUGUUCCAUGGUUAUUCCUCUUAGAAUCUUAACUCAUGAGGGCAGUGGGGCCGGGCAGGGGUGGUGGGGCGAGGGAAGGGUUUCUCUAUGAAAAUGCAUUAGUCGUGUUUUUUAAGAUAGUGUAACAUGCUUACAUUUCUUAUGUGACAUUAACAAAUAAAAAGUUCUUUUAAUAUUAA